GCACCUAAGAAGCAGAUUGAUCUCUCACUCUCUCUCUUCAUUUUUCUGAUAAGAUUCUCCCAUUCUGCUUCCUUUUAGGCAAGAGUUAAUUUGUCACCAUAUCUGCUUUGAGUUUAUCAAAACAGCUAGAGAUGACUUGCUUGAAGCCGCAGCCUCUCUUUGCAUUGCUACUUGUUCUGUCUUCUAUUGUUGCUGAGAGUCGAGUAGCUAGGAAGGACUUGGGAUUAGACUUGGGUGGUGUGGGAGUUGGACUUGGUGCUGGUACUGGUACUGGCCUUGGCUUAGGUGGUGAUAGUGGCUCAGGCUCUGGUUCUGGUUCUGGUUCUGGUGCUGGAUCGGGUGCCGGGUCGUCAGCUGGUUCUUCUGCUGGUUCAGGUGCUGGCUCGAGCGCUGGCUCAGGUGCUGGUUCAGGCUCAGGUCGUGGAGCUGGAUCUGGUUCAGGCCAAGGCCAAGGAGAAGGGUCUGGUUCCGGAUAUGGUGAGGGCUACGGGGAGGGGCAUGGCGAGGGCCGCGGUUCAGGACAUGGGUCUGGUUAUGGUGAAGGCCGUGGUCAUGGGUCAGGCUAUGGCAGUGGAAAUGGAAAGUGGGGCAAUUUGAUUACUAUGAUACUUAGAAAUUGAUAAGGUCACCAUUUGGUAUAUAAAAUAAGGUGAUUAUAGGGGGAUAUGUCUAGUGUAGAGUGUAGGGUUAUUAGAGGAAUUACAUAAAGAGUCUGCCCCAGGACACCUGAGCCAGGAGUUGGACCAGAUGAAAAAUGUGGGUUCUCAAAUAAACUCUUAUGUCUUCUCAUAUGUCAUA